GAUAGGUCAUAGGCCCAGGGGCCCAUCCAGAACGAUCAGGUGAUUCUCGAUUUGCUAGAGACGUACUGGAGUAGGUCUUCGGGAGUUCCAGAUGUGAUCGUCGCCUGUGCUCGCGUGACGCCUUGCCGCGCCGCCGCCUGCGGCUCUACGCUGCACAUACACCUCGCCCCUCUAGCGAUCACCCUCGAUCUGCACUGCGCACGCCGGCCGGCCGGCCGGCCUGCCAUCCCCAAGGAAGAAGCCGUACUAAUCAAUUACUCAAUCAAGGAAAGCUAACGGAGAGAUGUUUAUCUGUCAAUGUUUAUAUGCUCUCUAUAUUCAAACAUGUUUCAUCUUCCUGCAGCUUGAAGGCUAGAAAAUCAGGGACGUACCACCAAAAAGGAACGGCAUAGUCAAGUUAUUGUGCCUUAGCUGAGAGAAGUACCUGCCAUAAGUGAAGGUGCAACCAUGGUACAUCAUAAAAAACAGUAUAACACUAUGGGCAUGGUAGAUAAUAAGCAAAAUGUUAAGGUAAAAGAAGAGGAAGAUGAAAAUCUUAGUACAAAAGAGAAAAGGAAGCAAAAUAAAGCUGAAGGUGGUAAGAAAGCAGAGGAGAAGCAAAAUUCCUCGAAGAGGAAGAUGGAUAAGAACAGGGAGGAGAAAGAGAAGAAAACGAGAGUUGUUGAUAAAAAGGAUGAUGAGGAGAAGGAGAGGGAGGAUCGGAGGAAAAGAAAGGAAAAUGAGAAGAAGGUGAAGUCACAUAGGGAAAGGAAGGAGGAGAAUGAGAAUGAGAAAGAAGAACAAGGGCAGCAAGAAAUUGAGAAAGAGAAAGUAGAGGAACAAAAGGAGAUAAAUAAGCAGAAGGGAAGGAAGGAAAAUGAUAAAGAGGAAGAGGAUUCGAAGGAAAGGGAUGAGAAGGACCAGAAUGACAAAAAAAAUUGCCCUCACUUCUUUAGGGCGCUCAUAUCCUAUUCAUUUAAGGAACACGUGACCAUUCCAGUAGGGUUCCACAAAUACUUGGAAGAUUGUACAAGAAUGGUUUCCCUGAGAGGUCCAAGCGGGAAUAAAUGGCCCGUAGAGCUGGCUAAAAUCUCCGGGGAGCUACGCUUUGCGCGUGGAUGGAAGGAGUUCCUCUCUGACAAUCGCAUCGGGUAUGGAUACCUGUUGGUAUUCCGUUACGACGGGCAGUCACAGUUCUCAGUGACUGUUUUCUUGCCAUCGUCCUGCGAGGCUCCCUAUGCAUUUCUCGCGCAGCCGCAGCGCAAGGACGUCGACGUGGCUGGAGAGGAAGAGAAAGGUCUCAUGAGCACCAAUGUAGAUGGUACUGUCCUUCAAGGAGAAGACGUUCACACUGGCACCAGUGCAGAUGGUACACCACAAAAUGAAGCUUUAGAAGAAGAUGCUUCAGAAGAUGAAGAGGUAGAGGAAGUUGAAGACGCAUUAUCAGAAACUCCGGAGAAUAAGGAAGACAGUGAAUGUCGCAUGUGCAGCGACGAUGCAUUGGAACCAGCGCAACAACAGCAGGGGGAUCUACGCAAGACCGACGAUGGUUUUGUGCUUGGGAAGAGGGCUAGGUUUAGGAAGGUUGAUGAUAUCAUGGCAGAAGUGGACCGAUCCAAGAAGUCCAAGCCUGUGGAGAGGAAGAACUCUGAAGGUCCAUCUGGUGAUCUAGCUUCUGAGGGAGCAGCAUCAAGCGACAGUUUGGCAGAAGAAUCGGAGCAUCGUCCACCCAAGGAGUCCAAGGCUGAGGUGAUAAGGUCUCCAUCUAGUGAUUCACCUUCUAAGGCGGCAACAUCAAGUGACAAUUUUGCAGAGUUGGACAGUCGUCCAUCCAAGGAGUCCAAGGCCGAGGGUAAAAGCUCUGUUGGUCCUUUAGUUGUUUAUACCAGGCCUUCUACUUCAGCAUCUAAAAGACUUCCCCUCAAAAAAGCUUCAGAAGAAACAAUAUCAAGUGACAAUUUGGCAGGUGUAUUCGCACCAGAAUCCGUGUGCACGGACUUAACCAUGUGGCACAACUCUUUUGGUAAAAGGCUUAGUAAGCAGAAUCAAUUCCCGAUGUUCAACAAGAGCAAUGGUGAAAACCAACCUGGCAGAGUUCUCAUCAAGGUUAUGAGAAGGUCGGGAUUAACGUCGCAGAGGCGUCCAGUAACUCAAAGGGAGAAGGAAUAUGCCAUGGAGAGGGCGCAGAGGUUCAAAUCCGAGAGGCCCUUCACCGUCAAGGCAAUGAAGCACAACGAUGUCUAUGCCUCAUACUUCAUGAUCAUCCCGGACAAGUUCGUGAAAACAUUCCUCCCCAAAGAGAGUAGGAAGAUGACGCUGUGGGACCCGCAGGCGAAGCCGUGGAAGGUGUGGUACGAGUACACCGGCGGUGAGUGUCCCCGCGCGGCGUUCAGCGCCGGGUGGGGGGCGCUCGCCAUGGAGAACAACUUGGAGAAGUGGGACGUGUGCGUGUUCGAGCUCCUGGACCAGGAAUACAACAUCAAGUUGCACGUCCAGAAGGUCGUGCUGAUGAUCACCCCUUGCAUCCUUGCCCCAAAACCUCGCACAAACGAGUGAUAAUCCGUUCAUAGGCGUUUUGAUCUAGUGUCGUUGAUGAACCUUUCCAUCAUGUCGUUGUUAAAACAUAACAUUAAGAAUUAUGUGUUUGUUGUUGCGGCUGAUUACCGGAUUAAGGAAAAGGUAAGCAUGUAUACUUUCCUUUC